CCAAACGAGCAAGAUGGGCUGAAUGGCCUCCUCUCGUUUGUAAACUUUCUUAUGUUCUUAUGUUCUUAUAACCCGGUAGGUUAUAUAUUAAUACAUUAACAACAUUUCAAAGUGAAAGUUUAAGGUCAACAACAUUUUCUGUUAAGUUUUAUAACCUACUGGAAAUCACAAUAUUACUGAAAACCAUGUACUAUAUAAUCUUGUUCUAGCCGUGCAAACCCUGUUGAUUGUAUGAAGAUAUUUUUGUUAAUGUUAGCAAUGUAUUACUGCAUCUAACAUAAUUUCUAGUCUGUAACAUUUGUAAUAAUGAAUUUAUGACUAAGUAUCCUAAUUAUUAUUUAUUUUACAAAUAAAUAAUCCAACAAGUAAUCAAUAAAUCCUCUGAUGCAUCAUUAAAUUAGCUGCAAUAAUAACAUUCAUUUGUAUUUGCACUUAAUGGUUUUGUACUUCAAUAUUCACAUUAUUUGUAUUUGCUCUUCAUUGUAACUAUUUAUUUACUAUAUUUUGUACUUGUUUUUAAACUACACCACAUAUUGUGAUAUUUUGUAACCACUGUAAAUCCCCCUGGAUAGGGGUAUCUGCUAAUAAAUAAAUCCAAAAAAUAAAUAAAUAACAAGAUCUGUCAGUGAAGCAGGGUUAAACAUUAGAAAUUACUUCAUGCGUGUGUCACGGGUAGGGUGACCUGAGGUAACCUAGCUAGUGUACCUACAGACGUGCUCAAAUUUGUUGGUACCCCUCUACAAAAAACGAAGAAUGCACAAUUUUCUCUGAAAUAACUUGAAACUGACAAAAGUAAUUGGCAUUCUUGGGUGCUUUAAGCUGUGUGUUUUGGGUCAUUAUCCUGUUGGAGGACCCAUAGUGCGACUGAGACAGAGCUUUCUGACACUGGACAGUACGUUUCGCUCCAGAAUGCCUUGAUAGUCUUGAGAUUUCAUUGUGCCCUGCACAGAUUCAAGGCACCCUGUGCCUGGCGCAGCAAAGCAGCCCCAAAACAUAACCGAGCCUCCCCCAUGUUUCACUGUAGGUAUGGUGUUCUUUUCUUUGAAAGCUUCAUUUUUUUGUCUGUGAACAUAGAGCUGAUGUGACUUGCCAAAAAGUUCCAGUUUUGACUCAUCUGUCCAAAGGACAUUCUCCCAGAAGGAUUGUGGCUUGUCAAUAUGCAUUUUAGCAAAUUCCAGUCUGGCUUUUUUAUGUUUUUCUUUCAAAAGUGGAGUCCUCCUGGGUCUUCUUCCAUGGGGCCCACUUUCGCUCAAAAAGCGACAGAUGGUGCGAUCACAAACUGACGUACCUUCACCUUGGUAUAUCCUUCACCUUGACGUAUCUCUUUGGCAGUUAUCCUUGGUUCUUUUUCUACCAUUCGCACUAUCCUUCUGUUCACUCUAGGGUCGAUUUUCCUCUUGCGGCCGCGCCCAGGGAGGUUGGCUACAGUUCCAUGGACCUUAAACUUCUUAAUAAUAUUUGCAACUGUUGUCACAGGAACAUCAAGCUGCUUGGAGAUGGUCUUGUAGCCUUUACCAUUACCAUGCUUGUCUAUUAUUUUCUUUCUGAUCUCCUCUCUCCUUUGCUUUCUCUGGUCCAUGUUCAGUGUGGUGCACACAAUGAUACCAAACAGCACAGUGACUACUUUUCUCCAUUUAAAUAGGCUGAAUGACUGAUUACAAGAUUGGAGACAUGUGUGAUACAGAUUAAAGAAACUAAUUAGUUUGAAAUAUCACUAUAAUCCAAUUAUUUAUUACCUUUUCUAAGGGGUACCAACAAAUGUGUCCAGGCCAUUUUAGAAUAUCUUUGUAGAAUAAGCAAUAAUUCAUCUCUUUUCACAGCUUCUUUGCUUUAUUCUAUGACAUACCAAAGGCAUGCAAGUAUACAUGAUAAAAUAGCUUUUAAUUUCAUCACUUUUCAGGAGGAAUUAAGCAUUUUUUCAAUGAGCUGUAAGGGUACCAACAAAUUUGAGCACGUCUGUAUGUAGCUGAUGACUACGCCACCUUGUUUUUGGUAAGGCAAGGACCUUAGUAACCGAAUAGUUAUUUAGUUCCCCGUGUAGGUUUUUUGUUCCCCCCCACACACAAUGGAACGGCAUCUGGUAAAACAAAUUUUAUUGUUCUCAAAAGGGUAAAAAAUUGUUAAAACCAAACCACACAAUACAAAAAAAUAAGUUAAAAUUUCAAAAGGGAGAUCCCAAAAAAAAGAACAAAAAAAACACUGCACACUAGGCAGUCCCCUCCUGUUGGUCACGGUCUCCGAAAAAAGAAAAAAAGUUCAUGCGCAUGGAUAAUUACUGUUUGACAAAACAAACAAGGAAAAAUAAAUAGUCUGGGGGGAGUAGACCCCACGCUCCCGGGGCUUCCACCCGACUCGCUUGGUCCAUUGCUGUUUCCUCCUACCGAUGUGGUAACCACCACCCCUGCUGGAUCUCUCCACUGCCGAACGGCUUCCGCCUCCAAAGGACCCGAGACAGGAGAGCGGGGCAAAGAAAAGGGCCGUCAGGAACUGACACACAGGUAAGUAAACUACACCCUCCACCCAGAGGUUCUGGUCACUUCCCUUCGACCGAUCUCUAACCCUGCGUUUCUCUCCUCUCUUUCUCUCGCCACGCUCCCUGGACCUCGCCCCGAUUCCGUCUGCUGCCACCGGACCCGACCUGGAAGCUGGACUCCAGAACUAAAGGCAAGGUGAGCAGCAGAAAUGGUUGUUUCUCUACUGGGAUAUCAGACUCAAUAUCAGACCCUGCCUGUACUUCUGCUACUAGUUCUCCUGAAGUCAGCUUCUGCCGGAACAAACACAAUGAUAUGGAGUUUCACAAAGACCACCGGAGAAACGUGGCAUCCAGAGUUUUUUGCAGUGGGGAUGUUCAACGAUGUGAUAUUGGCAAGCUUUAACAGCAAUAACUUGCAGCCAGUCUCGCACUACAACUGGUUAGAGAAGGCUGUUAGCCAGAAAGACUGGGAAGAAAGUAGUUUACAUGCUUUCAACAAUGAGCAACUUUACAAAGAGAAAUUAGAAACCCUAAUGAAAUGCUUUAACCAUUCAAGAGGAGUUCACACGUUCCAGAGGGUGGUGGGCUGCGAGCUGGAUGAUGAUGGGACGUCACGGGUAAUAUAUGAGGAUGCGUACGAUGGAAACAAUCUUCCUAGUGUGAAUUCACAGAGCGAUACUUGUAUUGCGAAUGCACAGGAUCCAUUCUUCAAACAGAUAUCAGAAGUCAUAAAAGCUUACUUUGUCAACAAGCAUACAGCAGAGUGUAUCUUGUACUUGGAAAGGUUCUUGAAGCAUGGGAAAAACACAUUGAAAAGGAGAGUCCGUCCCAAAGUGAGGCUGUUUGUGAAGAAAGCUACUGAAUCUGUAGGUUCAGAGGUCACGUGUCAUGUGACAGGGUUCUACCCUCGAGAUGUGGAUGUGACCUGGGUAAGAGACAGGCAGGACACCCUGGAGGAGGGAGUGUGGGUUGGGGAGGUGUUACCCAAUAAUGACGGAACCUACCAGGUUAGAAAGACCCUAACAGUGAGCCCAGAGGAGCAGAAGAAACACCGAUACACCUGCCAAGUGGACCACGCCAGCCUGAAGGAGAAGAUAGAGAAGGAAUGGGAGGCUGGCUUACACACAGGCGGUAUUGCCGGAGCGGUUGUGUCUGUACUGCUCCUGAUCACUGUGACAAUCACUGGAGUUGUGAUCUGGAAUAAGAAACGAGCUGGUGGAAAGGACCCUGAAUACUCAGGAGUUCAAAUAACCGAACUAACCAGCUCGGGCAAUGAUUCUGCAGGAGCUGCUAUGGGGCUGACUGCAGAGGAAAUGGAAACCCAACACAUCUGAGCUUCAGCUUUUACAUGAGCCCUUCACCGGUUACUGGAAACACGACUUUAUCAUACCAUCAUAUUACAGAACUUGUGAAAACAUUUCAACGAGCUUAAAGGGUUCCUAUAAACAUAUCAAUGUUAUAUUAAAUAUCUUUACUUACUUGUCAGGAUCCCCAAAUGAUUUAAUAUGAUCCGAUCGUUUUCCAAAAGUGUGCGUUCUGGAGGGCAAUCUUAAAUGAUCUAUAAAUGUAAACAUUUACCUUUCAUAGGCAAGGCAAUGGAGACUGGCUCUUCCUUGCAGUACCGAACACGUCAUAAUAAGUGACCUUGUGACCUCUUGUGCAGACGCAACCAUUCUAAUUAUACGCCCUUCUGGAAAAUAUACAUUCUCAAUAAAGAAAACAAGCAAAAACAACAGUACCGUGUGUGUGUGUGAAGUUGAAAAUAUACAUUCUCAAUACAGAAAACAAGCAAAAACAACAGUACCGUGUGUGUGUGUGAAGUUGAAGGGCAUUUUAAAAAAGAAAAAAGAUACUGUAAUCUAAACAUGUUGCGUGUCUAUUAGACUGAAUGCUAGAUUUAAAAGCUAUGAGCACCGUUCCAAAUCAAUCUUCCUGAAUUUACAGUAUGUAUUCAUUGUAUAAUUUACCUUUUAUUGUUGGAUGAAAGUACACACUUCACAAAAAAAUACAAUUGUUUCUUCUAACUUGGCUUCUUGUAAAGGCUUUUGUAAAUUGACCAAAAAAUGAAGCCAAGUUAAAAGAAACAAUUGUGACAAUCUUGGGCCCCACCACCUUUCCAAUUGGGCCUAUUUCUUUGAUGCUUGACAAGGCUGCCUAAUUCAAGGCUACUUGAGAUCCAUUCCAGUCCUGGUCUUUAUUCCAAUCAGGUCCUACAUUAGUUAAUAGCCUCUCAACAGGUUCUAUUAACUAUUUUCGAACCUGCUUGGAGUUGAGUUGAAAAAAGCGGUCGGCUGUUGGCAGACGCAUCCGAGGACAGUGUGUGUUUGUCUUUGCCGCUCCCGAGUCAGCGCCGGGGUGAUAGCAGUGAGCUAAAAAUAAUUGGAAUGCCAAAUUGGGAGAAAAUAAUAAAAUAAU